CUUUGACUAUAACGAUAGACUCAUUUUUAGGCGACUACGUUUGUGAACGAUAGCUUGGUUCGUCGUGCGUAAGGAUUCGCCCGUAAGUCUCCUCUUUUUUGCUUCCCCGUCGUGUUUUUUCUCAGCAUCUCGAAGUCGUCGUGCGUAAGGAUUCGCCCAUGGCGUCUUCGAGCAAUGCGAAGCAGAAAAGGAUAGUCGAAGACGACGAGGAGGAAGACGAAGAGCAAGAAGAAAUUAUGGAAGAGCUUGAGGGUUUUGACGAUUUUACACUUGCAUCUUCAUGGGAAAGGUUCAUAUCUGAAAUAGAAGCCAUUUGCCGUGCAUGGAUGGUUGAUGGCCAUAAGAAUUUGGUGCAAAAGGGUGCAGAACAAUUGGGUUCACGAACAAAUUUGUAUAAGGUCAAAUCUGAGAUAAAGUAUAGUACAAAAUUUUACCGCAUUGAGCAUUACUUUGGUGUCUCUAGUAAUGGCAAAGCUGCAGAUUGGGAUGACAAUUUGCAUGAUCUGCAGUUGUCUUUUGGCGUGUCUGAUUUUCUGGUUGUUGCACCUGUAAGUGCUAGUGGGGUAGUUCUUGAUGCACCUGAAUCUACGAAAUUAUUAAGUGCUGUUGCAAUUGCUUUGACAAAUUGUGGCAGUAAUUGGCCUGCAUUUGUUCCAGUGCAUGAUCCUUCUCGAAGAGCAUAUAUUGGAAUCCAAAAUUUGGGCCUUAUAUUCACCAGAAGGUUUGAUGCUGAUAGGAUUGCCAGUCAGGUCCCAGUAAGGCUCAUGCAUUUGGAGGGUCUUUAUGAGUUAUUUAUCUCAAAAUUUGCCUUAUAUCCUAUGGAUUUUUCGGCAAGCUUUUUCAAAGUUCAAUUUGCCAUGAAGCUCACAUAUAGAACUCCUCCAUAUGAAUCUGACGAUGAGAUUGCCAGUAUAGAUCCUGAAGAUAAUGAAUCAACCAAAGACACUGUUAUUCUGAAUCACACUAAAACACAAUGGGAUGAAGACUGCCCUUGGACAGAAUGGUAUUCUGCUGAGGAUCCAGUAGCAGCUUUUGAGCUGCUCGUGAUUUGGUCAAAUAAGAUGUUUGAGGGUUCUCUUGAGAUGGCAGAACUAGAAAAUGCAUCCUCAUUUGAUGCAGAAAAAUGGCUUCUAUAUCCUAUCAUUUCCCCAAAAAUGACAAAUGAUGUACCUGGGAAGUUUGUUGGAUUUGCUUCCCAAUUACAUCUUCUAGUAAGUGCACUAGAGAAAUCAUACGAGGCACAAUUUUUGGAAGACUUUGUUUCAGUUGAAAAUCCAGCAUCUGGUAGUUCAACGUCUUCAACUGUACCUCCCCCAACUGUCGUCGACCGUGUUCUGAAAGAAAUUUUUCAUGAUGGUGGAAGCUUGGCUCUAAAAUUUGAAAAUAAAAACUGUCGUGCAGUCAAAGGCGCACCUCUAGAAUCAUUGUUUGCUCAGUUUUGCCUACAUUCACUUUGGUUUGGUGGUUGUAACAUACAUGCUAUAGCAUCCCUCUGGAUUGAAUUUGUUCGUGAAGUUCACUGGUGCUGGGAUGAGUCACAACCCUUGCCAAAUAUGCCAAAGGAUUCCAGCAUUGACUUAUCUACUUGUCUUAUACAUCAGAAGUUGCAAAUGCUUGCAAUAUGCAUUGAGAAGAAAUCAAGCCACUUUGACAAGAGCACUGAAAAUGUGAACCAGAUUUAUGAUGAAAAGGUAAAUGCUGCAACUUAUCCAUCCAAGUCUGUGAAAGAUAAAAAUGACUGUCACCCAAGAACUUUUCUGCAUCAAGAUCCAGAAUUAUCUUCCUCGAGUUCUGAAAAACACACUAAUACAGAAGAAUAUCCUAAUUCACAAACAACAAAUCUACAACGGAAAGGAUCAGCUGGUGUUGUCGGUUCAAUGAUGCUGUUGUGCUCGUCUCAAAAGAUGCAUGCUCCAUACACACAGGAUGCACCAAUUAUGACAGAAGAUAUGCAUGAAGAAAGGCUUCGUGCUGUUGAAGCUUCUGGUGAUGCUUUUAGCUUCUCUGGACAAUUGGAAAGAGAUAUCCUCUCAUCUGAUAUGUCAGCAUUCAAGGCUGCAAACCCAGAUGCAGUGUUUGAAGAUUUUAUUCGGUGGCAUUCACCUGGUGAUUGGGAGGACAAUAAGAUGAAAGGAAGUGCAGGUGAACUAAAUGACUGGCCUCCUCGUGGAAAGCUUUCACAACGCAUGUCUGAACAUGGGAAUUUAUGGCGGCAGAUUUGGAAUGCUUCUCCACCUUUGCCUAUUUCUGAGCAGAAGCCUCUUCUUGAUCCAAUUCGAGAAGGAGAAAAGAUACUCCAUUACCUUGAAACUUUGAAACCAUAUCAGCUGCUUGAACAAAUGGUUUGCACAGCCUUCAGAGCAUCAGCUGACAUUCUGAACCAGACUUCAUGUGGUGAUUUUAAACCUAUGAAAACAAAACUUGAUCAGCUUUAUCUUACAAUAGCAUCAAGUUUGAAAUGUUUUCAAGCAAAUCAUCUUCUUGAGAAGGAUGAAUUGAUUGGUGACUUAAGACGGCUUUGUCUAGUAUUUGAGCACAUAGAGAAGUUGCUAAUCCUUGCAGCUUCAAUUCAUCGUAAGUUGAUAGACGCUCCACGACUUUCAGAAGCAGUGUUCAAUGACUAUUUUGCAUUUUACCUGCCCAAAAUGGGGAACAGUUUAGAGAGCAUAUGCUAUGAUCAGGAGUUCAAAAAUAAGCAACUAGUAAUGCCAUACGAAAGAAAUGCUGUUGCCAGUUUGUUUCCUCCUCCCACCGCCAAUCAAUCAUGGAGAAAAGUAUUGAGCAUGGGAAAUCUACUAAAUGGGCAUGAACCUAUUUUAAGAGAAAUAAUCUUCUCCAUUAAUGAUCGCAUACAAGACAGUCAUUAUGCUACUGGUAUUCCUACAUCCAGCAUGGAAGAAAUCCAGACACAUCGCAUGUACAUAUGUGGGACAUCCAAUGAUCUCUGGGUUGCAUUAUCCGUUACAUCGUGGGAUUAGUUGCCCUCAUCUGAAAAGGACACGCCUUCAAUACAUUUGCUGUUUUCAAGUUUGCAGGCCCUCAGGUCUCCAUGGUGCUAAAUUACUGAGCCUGGGACAUCUACUAACAGUAUGAUAUAUUCUCUCUACUGCUUUCCCCUUGGAUCACCAUUUACACUGGAGAGUUCCUUUUGUUUGUCACCUUGGAGAUUUUAAAAGAAUUGCAAGCGAGCGAUUACAUCAACUUUCAAAUUUGGGAAGUGUCUUUACUAACGUUCGCUUCUCUUGAGUACUAACACUGUUUCGCUCCAGGUGUGAUAAUACGCCUAAAGUCCUUUGUCCCAUGGUGUUGAUCCUGCCAUACAAGGUGACUCCCUAUGCUGAUAUUACUUUGAUAAUUAUUGAUUGAUUAUGAACACUCUUGGUGCUGCAACAUGAUCGUUGUGAUGAAUUUGUUCCUGUGUGACUAAUGAUACCAGCAUAUCUUUUUAUGAUAUUCUGAGACCUUCAACUGUGAUAAA